AUGGAGGGCGAUGACCUUAGCGACUGGGAGCAGGUCGACAGAGCGGGCCUGAUUGCUGACCCUACACUCUUCCGCAACGCUCAAACAAGCGAAGCCAAUCUGCGAUGGGCCAGAGGGACAGUAAUUCGUGCGCGAGACCUCAUUCUGAGGAUGAACCGAAGGCCUGAUCGUUUUGCUGAUCAAAUCCUAAGCGUUGAUACACGAGUGACCUUCAGUGAUGACACUAGCUUUCCCAGCGAGGAAGCCUCCACGCCAAUUCAGUCGAAACAAGAUGAAGAGCCCUUGGUAGACAUUUGCAGGUUCUUUGAGGAUCGUUGGGACUACCCGGACUGUGAGAUUCCGAUACGGAUAGAAGAGAACAAAUCUGGCCCAGCUGCCUUCAUACGCCGCCCUGUUCCGGCCGAAACAUAUCUUGAGAAAUGUGCUCCUGUCACUUUACUGGAACUCCUAAGAGACAACUGCUUGUCUUCGAUGAGUAAGAUAUCUCUGGCAUUUACACUCUCAAAAUCGGUCUGGCAAUACUACGACUCGGAAUUGAUGAAGAUGAGAUGGGACUUGGAAGCGAUCAAAAUCCUAAGGCAGAUCAAAGGCACCGACUUGGGAAUAGAUCACGAAUGUCGUAUGCCUUUUCUAGAAAUCAACCCUUCGAGAGAUGGUGUAAUAUACUGUGAACAAGAGACUCAGGUGAAAAGAGAGGGUAACAAAUUGGGCGAGCUGCACCCAUACCCAUACAUCUUGACCCUUGGUAUGCUGCUUGUUCAGGUAUGCUUGCGGAUCACGCCUACGAGUAUCAUGGUUCCACCAAAAAGUACUGGAAAUAACAGAAUUUACAUGCAUUACUUGAAAGAGAUGGAUAUGGAAGGUACAUCCUGGCCAGUGUUGGAUCUUCGUGACGAGUACAGAAAGACCUAUCGGGAAAUAGUCGCACAUUGUCUGCCACCUAGACGUAACGGCUGGACAAGUCCGCUGUUCUCAUCUGAGCUCGAUGCUGUAGAACGGCGCAAUCUGCUCAUGAAGCACGUCGUUGGCCCUUUGCAUGAACUUCUCAAUUAUGCGAGUGGGAUCACUUCGAAUGAGGCCAACAAUGCCAUCAACAGUCAUCUGAACCAUGGACCAGCUGCUGGUGUGAUGGCAAAGCCUCAGAGCUUUCAAAGUGGUAGUGACAGGGCGAGAGAAUGGAUUGAGUGCCUACAGAGGUCAGAUCUCAUCAGACAUAUCAAUCGAUCUCUCUUGUCCUCAGUACGACGAUUCAGAAGGCCUAAGAUUGCAAUUAUUGAUACAGGCUAUGAUCAAGAGUCAAGAUGCAUGAAUCAUCAACUAAGGAAACGCCUGGGCCCCAGCUACGCCCCUGGUCAUCGAAAUUAUCACUGGAAAGAUUUCUGGGCGGCAGAGGAGUCUCCUUGCGAUGAUGAUGGGCAUGGAACAUCCAUGCUAUCAGUGAUAUCGGCGAUUGCUCCUUUCGCUGACAUUGUUGUGGCUCGAAUAGCCAGAACAAGCCGGGACCUGAAAGAACUCCCGUCGAAGACCAGCGAAAACCUCGCAGAGGCUAUACGAUGGGCUGUCGAUGCACAAGGAGUAGACAUAAUUUCGAUGUCAUUAGGUUGGGAGGAGGAGCCACGUUCAAACAGUGGACGCCGUGUCAUCAGUAACGCUAUAGCUGAGGUACUCCAGAAACAAGAUCAAAAGGUACUAUUCUUUGCGGCGACCUCGAACGAUGGGACCUCCCAAGAAGAUAGGAAGUUCUACAUACGAGCCCCCAGCCUUGACUACCCCCGCGAGGGGCCCAUAAAGAUUGGAAAUGUCAUCACCGACAUGUUCCUUCCGCAAGAUCCCAUCGCAAGAUUCAGUCCGAUGCCCGCUAUUAUUGAUGGCGCGAGACUGAGCGAAGGCAGCCGGGAGCGUAGUAAUAACGGCUCUACCGGCUUGGACAUAUCAACCAAGCUUUACGCAGCAUUCGGAAGCCAGGCGAGAGCCAAGUACAACGAAGAUGUCAAAAUAGUGUACGACUUCGACGAAGUCGAUACGCUGAUGUUGGAAAGAAAUCCACGGAGCACGGAAAUGAAUGCACUGCGCAGCGCGGAUCCUGAAGUACAGGCUGCACUGAAGAGAGGGCCUGUGUACGUCGUUACCGGCCUGAAGCUAGCAAGGGGCCUGAGGUAUUCGACCAAACGAUCAACUGAACAAGAAUCUGGCCUAGGAGCACAAGCCAAAGUGACCGGGGAGCUUUCCAUUACGGCCAAUUUGGACAGGAAUAGCGGCACAGGUAACACUGAGUCGUACACUGUGCUCGGCGACGUAAUUUUGGCCUAUCGACUGCAUAUCGUCAAAAAAGAAGGCUGGAAGUGGAGAGGUGAAGCUGCCUUGGAGACCAAGACGUAUUGGCCUGGUAAUGCAGGAUUUCUAAGCAGAGAAGAAAUCAAAGAGGAAGCCGAGGUAGAGGCCAAUGCUUUGUCAGUGCAAGAUCUGAAGUUCUUUGCUGAAGAAGAAGAAUAUGGUCAUAUUGAGAGUAUCGAUGUUGAAGACCUCGAUGAAGCAUGGUUGAUGAAACAAGAUCUAUCCAGCGUUCUACUCAGCAAGCCGGUCGCGAUGUCGAAGCCAAAAGACCUGCGCACACUCGCUGAUCUCACCAAAACUACGCAAGCGCUCCUCACGCACUUCCAGUCCUCUCUCGCGCCCAGCAAAGAUAACGCUUCAAAGUCCGAUGCCUCAGCGACUGAGAUAGCAAAUCCCCUCGAUGUCAUCAAAGCGUCGACAACACUCCUAAAAUCGCAUACGACCACGCUGUCGCUCCUCCUCAUAAACCCACCUCUCACCCCCUCGGCCAUCAUAGCGAAGAUUGGUGAUGUGAGCUCAGGCCCGCUGAAUAGCUUGGUGGCUGCCGCCUCAUACGUACCACAAGAAGGUCAGAAGGGUGACAUUGGGAACAUAAUGCGCACGGAAGUCAAGUCGCAGGUGAGGAGGUUACUGGGGACAUGGGGGGAGGUUCUUGUCAUAAUUUUGAAGAUGGCAGAGAAGAGGCAAGAUAUGCAGGGCAAAGAUAAAGGGCCGACUGAGAGCGAGAAGCAAGAAGUCUUAUCUUCCACUGGUGUGUUAUGGGAUGCAUGCGACGCGCUGAUAAAGUUGUGCGCAGACGGUGUUGUCGGACUGGUGGUCAAGAAGGCACAGGAAUUACGAGCAGUUCUGCUGGAUGCGAUCGAAGAGCUGAAAGAAUGGGGGGAGGACGUUGAAGAUGACGACGAUGGAGCAGAAGGCAGCGACGAUGAAGACGAGAUCUUCGGCGCUUCGAACAAAAUUGGCAAGGAUGACAAGGAGUUAAAGCAACUUCUCGACACCAGUGUCAAGAAGCUGAAGAUGGUAGGUAUGCUAUACCAAGCACUGGUCAAGAGGAGGUUAAAGACAUAUCCUGCGUCAUCCAUACUCGAACCAACUGCAGCCCUGGGCGGCACCACCUCGACACCCUGUAAAAGGCUCGAUAAACUUAUGAACACCCUCAAGACGAUACCCGAGACGGUCGACGACAUUGCAGGUGCAUUCUAUGAUCUGGACGAAGAUGAGGCGAAACAAACACUUGAUAAAUGUUGUGGUGAGGCUAAGAGCGCGAUUGAGCUAGUCAAACAGAGUUGGAAUGGUGAAGAUGAUGAGUUCACAAUAUGGUCUGGCAAGUGGAUUAGUGCAUUGGAAGCUGCCUGA